AUGACUCCUGCUGCCCUGCUGUGGCUGUCCCUGCGACUGCCCACACAUUCUGCCCUAACUAAGCGAAAAUUUGCUGCUCCACACAAGACAUCGAGACUCGCGACCUUACCAACUGAACUCCCCGACCACUCCUUCAUUGUCGACCAGCAAGACAACACAGACAAGAUGGGUAGACUUCACAGCAAGGGAAAGGGCAUUUCUGCCUCCGCGAUCCCAUACUCUCGCGCCGCGCCUGCAUGGUUGAAGACCACCCCCGAGCAGGUCGUUGAGCAGAUCUGCAAGCUUGCCAGAAAGGGUGCUACCCCUUCGCAGAUUGGUGUCAUUCUCCGUGACUCCCACGGUGUUGCCCAGGUCAAGAUCGUCACCGUCGAACGGUAUGGUACCCUCGGGGCUUUUUAUUCGGAUGUGGUGAAGGAAAUAUACAUCUGCCAAGAGAAACAUAUCUCUAUUUUUGCCUCUGUGCGGUCAAGACUGACAGAGAGAACUUUGACAGGCCUUGCCCCCGAGCUUCCUGAGGACCUGUACAUGCUGAUCAAGAAGGCUGUUUCCGUCCGCAAGCACCUCGAGCGCAACCGCAAGGACAAGGACUCCAAGUUCCGUCUUAUUCUCAUCGAGUCCCGAAUCCACCGUCUGGCUCGUUACUACAAGACCGUCGGCGUUCUGCCUCCUACCUGGAAGUACGAGUCUGCUACUGCCUCCACCAUUGUCGCAUAG